CCACAAGCAGGAAAUAGAGACGGCGAAAGUUUCGUCUGCCACAUUGUUUACUUCAAUGGACCUGCACGGAUUUCAUAGGUUGAUGAUGAAGUUGCAAGGACAUACCCACAAUCUACUAGAAGCUUAAAGUGAGAAUACUUAAAUCCCCAAACAUGUCAUUCACAAUGUUACGAAGUCCAUUGCACAGACUACUGCCCGCUGUCAAGCAGGCAUUCAGAGUUCAGCCGAAAGUUGGAGAGAAAAUAUGUGCAGAAAGGAUCCAGAACUGGAGUUACUGUGUACAAAGGACUCAUCAUGUCCUCUUCAGAACAUCAGUUGCAAGUGGCACUUGGCAGAGAACCAGACAACAGCAGCACUAUAGCACAAGCCAUUACCCCCAUCCCUUCACCAUAGCAGUCAUGACAGGCAGUACUGUAUACCAAGCACCCCUGUCUCCCACUGGGUUGACACCAAUGCCCUUGUGGGACCUGCCUGAUACCACAUUCAAGAAGUGCCAUGUGCGCUUGUAUUCCACCAAGCCUCCCAGCAAUCCCUCCACUCCCACUGAUGAAAACCAUAAUGAGUCAAAGAGCACAAGGUUGAGAAUUGACGAGGAAGAAAGAACAGAAAUGAAAGUGAUCAUAAGUGAAGAGAAGAAAGAAGAGAAGGUAUCAUUAGUUCAGAAAUUUAAGCUGAUGUACAAACAGUACUGGUAUGUCCUGAUACCUGUUCAUGUUGUUACUUCAAUUGUGUGGUAUGGAUCCUUCUUCAUUGCUGCAAAGAGUGGUGUUGACAUUGUCCCAAUUAUGGAGAAGUUGGGAGCUGGAGAGAAGAUUCUAAGUCACCUGAGGAACAGUGAUGCUGGUUAUUAUGCUAUUGCUUAUGCCAUGUACAAAAUCGCUACACCUGCACGGUAUACCGUUACUAUUG